UUCUGAGUCUCUCCCUCUCUCUCUCUCUCUCUCCUCUCCGGCGUGGCCCGGGGCUUGGCGGGGCGCUUUCCAGAUAUGGUCAAGGCGUCGGCGGGGGACGAGGAGGAGGAAGGAGGGCUGCUGCUGCUGGCGGCGCCGAGAGCAGCCAGAGAAGCGGCAACAGCAGCAGCAGCAGCAGCAGCGGAUACAGCGGUCUCCCCUUGAGUCCUUGGCGCGGAAAGAGGAGGAAGAGGAGGAGAAAGAGAGGGAGAGGAGCCGAGGAGGACUAGGAGGAGCGGCGUUGCUUGCCGCCCAGCCAGGCAGGGCGCGCCCGUCUCCAGGUUAGAGAACAUUUGGAAACUGGUUUAACGGAGCAAUCAUGAUGGGAUUAAAGAAGCCAACUGCCUUUCCUGGUGGUCUUCAUCUUUUAAGUGUUGUUGUACUCCUGCUAUUUCACAUGGACAAAGUACACUCAGAACAUCUGGCGGAGGAUGGUAAUGAUACUAAGGAAUGUACUGGUUCUUAUUUUUGUAAGAAAGGUGUGAUUUUGCCAAUCUGGGAACCUCAGGACCCUUCAUUUGGUGAUAAAAUAGCAAGAGCCACUGUAUACUUUGUGGCCAUGGUCUACAUGUUUUUAGGAGUGUCGAUUAUAGCCGACCGCUUCAUGUCAUCGAUAGAAGUUAUUACAUCCCAAGAGAAAGAGAUCACCAUCAAGAAACCCAAUGGUGAAACCACCAAGACCACAGUUAGAGUUUGGAAUGAGACUGUUUCCAAUCUAACUCUGAUGGCUUUGGGCUCUUCUGCUCCAGAGAUCCUCCUUUCUGUGAUUGAAGUAUGUGGCCAUGGCUUCCAUGCAGGGGACCUUGGGCCAAGCACCAUUGUAGGUAGUGCAGCCUUCAAUAUGUUUGUCAUCAUAGCCCUUUGUGUUUAUGUUGUCCCUGAUGGAGAAAUCAGGAAGAUUAAGCAUCUCCGUGUGUUUUUUGUCACUGCAGCUUGGAGUAUCUUUGCCUACACUUGGCUUUACCUAAUUUUAUCUGUCAUAUCACCUGGGGUAGUAGAGGUCUGGGAAGGCUUGCUCACCUUCUUCUUCUUUCCAAUCUGUGUGGUGUUUGCCUGGGUUGCUGAUCGGAGGCUCUUGUUUUACAAGUAUGUCUACAAGAGGUACAGAGCUGGCAAACAGAGGGGGAUGAUCAUUGAGCAUGAAGGGGAAGGGCCACAGUCCAAAGCUGACAUUGAAAUGGAUGGGAAAGUAGUUAAUUCUCAUGUUGAAAGUUUCUUGGAUGGCACUCUGGUCCUCGAGGUAGACGAGAAGGAUCAAGAUGAUGAGGAAGCACGGAGGGAAAUGGCCAGAACUCUCAAAGAGCUGAAGCAGAAACAUCCAGACAAAGAAAUGGAGCAGCUGAUAGAAUUGGCUAAUUAUCAGGUUCUAAGUCAGCAGCAAAAGAGCCGAGCCUUUUACCGAAUCCAAGCCACUCGACUAAUGACCGGUGCAGGCAAUAUAUUGAAGAGACAUGCUGCAGACCAAGCCAGGAAAGCAGUCAGCAUGCAUGAGGUCAACUGUGAAGUAGCAGACAAUGACCCUGUCAGUAAGGUGUAUUUUGAGCAAAGCACCUACCAAUGCCUUGAGAACUGUGGCACGGUAGCCAUAACUAUCUCCCGCCGAGGUGGUGAUUUGACCAAAGCUGUCUCGGUUGAUUUCCGAACAGAAGAUGGUACAGCCAAUGCAGGAUCUGAUUAUGAAUUCACUGAAGGGACUGUGAUAUUUAAGCCUGGUGAGACACAGAAAGAAAUACGGGUUGGCAUAAUUGAUGAUGAUAUAUUUGAAGAAGAUGAGAACUUUCUUGUUCACCUCAGUAAUGUCAAAGUGAUCUCAGAGGAGAGGGAAGAGAGUGUGCUAGAGGCCAAUCAUGUCACAACAGCUUGCUUGGGGUCACCUGCCACUGCCACGGUCACUAUCUUUGACGAUGAUCAUGCUGGCAUUUUUACCUUCGAGGAGCCAGUCACUCACGUAAGUGAGAGUGUGGGAACCAUGGAAGUGAAAGUGCUACGGACAUCUGGAGCUCGAGGAAAUGUUAUCGUGCCAUACAAAACAAUCGAAGGCACAGCCAGAGGGGGCGGAGAGGACUUUGAAGACACUUGUGGAGAGCUUGAGUUUCAGAAUGACGACAUUGUCAAAACAAUAUCAAUCAAAGUAAUUGAUGAUGAGGAAUAUGAGAAAAACAAGACCUUCUACAUUGAAAUUGGGGAGCCCCGUCUGGUGGAGAUGAGUGAAAAGAAAGCCCUGUUGUUGAAUGAGCUUGGUGGCUUCACAAUAACAGAUGAGGAGUAUGAGAAGCUGCCCUUGACAAAGAAAAAAGAGGAAGAGCGUCGCAUCGCAGAAAUGGGGCGCCCCAUCCUGGGGGAGCAUACAAAGCUCGAAGUGAUCAUUGAGGAAUCCUAUGAGUUCAAGAACACUGUGGACAAGCUCAUCAAGAAGACAAACCUUGCUCUUGUGGUUGGGACAAACAGCUGGAGAGAACAAUUCAUUGAAGCUAUUACUGUCAGCGCUGGAGAGGAUGAUGAUGACGAUGAAUGUGGAGAAGAGAAGCUGCCAUCCUGCUUUGAUUACGUGAUGCACUUUCUGACCGUCUUCUGGAAAGUCCUCUUUGCCUUUGUCCCCCCAACGGACUACUGGAACGGUUGGGCUUGUUUUGUUGUAUCCAUCCUCAUGAUCGGCCUUCUGACCGCCUUCAUUGGGGACUUGGCGUCCCAUUUUGGCUGCACCAUUGGCCUGAAGGAUUCAGUAACUGCAGUUGUGUUUGUUGCAUUGGGAACAUCAGUGCCAGACACCUUCGCCAGCAAAGUGGCAGCCUGCCAAGAUCAAUAUGCAGACGCUUCCAUCGGCAAUGUCACCGGUAGCAAUGCUGUGAAUGUUUUCCUCGGGAUCGGCGUUGCCUGGUCCAUUGCCGCCAUCUACCAUGCGGCCAAAGGCCAGCCCUUUGAAGUCCAACCAGGCACCUUGGCGUUCUCCGUCACCCUCUUCACCAUCUUUGCUUUUAUCAGCGUUGGAGUGCUCCUCUACCGGCGAAGACCGGAGAUUGGAGGUGAGCUGGGCGGGCCACGGACUGCCAAGCUUCUGACCUCAUCCCUCUUUGUGCUCCUUUGGCUCUUGUACAUAUUUUUCUCAUCUCUGGAAGCCUACUGCCACAUACCGGGCUUCUAAAGGAACUCUUGGAAGAUAGUAGCUAUAUGUAUCUAUAGAAAGAGAGAGAAAGAGAAAGAUAUAGGUAUAUAGAUAUAGAUCUAAUAUUAUUGAAAAGAGGAAAAGACAUUUGCCAUGUUCACCUAUCUACUGAUGGAAUGUAGCUUUGCAGUAGGAGUUUGAGAUCUGCAGGAUUCGUCACCGGGGCAGCGUCACACAAACAAGAGGCACAGAUGCAGGGACAUCUCUGCGACUCAUCUUUACAAGAUCAUGAUGGAGUUACUUUACAUUUUCCUUGUUCCCUCCCUGUGUAAGGGUUGAUCUGAUUUCAGUGGGGGUCAAAUGGAAAGACGAAAGGCCACCCGAGGCUGUAUCAUAUUGGGCCAAUGACUGAAAAGGAGAGUGGUUGACUUUAUUUACUAAUAUUUUUGUUGCCUUCUUCGCAAUUCAAGAACAAGCCGAACCAUCACCCUCAAAGAAACAUGUGAGUCUGGAGUGAUGUGCAAGAUCCAAGGGAUUUCCAGCCCUCAUGCUGUUUUGUUGAUCGGGGGAGCUGUUUUGGGGGAGAUUGGGAGUUUGUCUUCAUUUUUUUGUUUGUUUUGAACCCUACUACCCCUACUUACUGUCCAGCUGCUUCAAGAGUAUCAUAUGUUGAAAUAUCACACAAACCCCAUGCUGGUUUCUUUAAGAGGUCUCUGAUUCAGAAUCAUGAUUUGAUGCAUCCAAUCCCCCCCCCCCCAUUCCCUUUCAAAGAGGAAAGCAACCUUAUAAGACAAUAUUUAAACAUCAUUUCAUUCGCUCCAAAACUGUGGGUUAUUACCAAAAAUGUGCCCAAAGCCCUAAAUGUCAUAUCCUACUUGAUACAACACUCACAGUAGGCUCUCCAAAUCCGCGGUGUCCGAAUCCGUGAUUACCAGCAACCACAAAUCAUGUGCUCACAUUGUCACCAUUUUAUAAUAUCGGGUGUGAUCAUCCAUAGUUCUUCGCAUCUGCGGCAGGUUCUGGAACCGAACUCCCGCAGAUAUGGCAGACCCACUGUAUAUAUAUAUAUCUAUUGUUGCGGCUCUGACUUAUCUCAUCAGACUAAUUUUAAUUACCUCCUGUGCCCUUCCCUACCCUGCCAAUCUUUGCUGCUAUGCUCCUUCUCAUAUGCCAGUUUGGGAAUGCUUUCAUGGUACUUGUUGUAACACUUUGCAUGAAUGAAGCAAACCAUAAUCUGUAAUAUAGCAUUGAGUAGUGAUAGUCUGUUCAGUGAUGCCGAUUGAACAUUGAAGAAGCGAGCAUGUCUUUUCAUUUUCAUUUAUUUGCAAUUUUUAGAUGAACACAGUUAUAGGGAGGGAAUGGUCAGUAUUCUAUUGCGCUGAGUAAGGUGCCUGAGAAGCAAUAACCAAGAGCUGGUGGAGAUGCAGAUCAAUGAGUUUUGGGGCAAUGUUUGUGCAAAUUAUACCAUGUAGUGACCCCUUGAGAGAAAGAAGGACCUAAUUGUCAGCCAAUUGCAACAGGAUGAAGCCAGUAGCAUGUCUAGGCCAGUACUAGAGCUUGAAAAAGUUACAUUUUGGGACCUCAACCACCAGACUGAUCAAUGACCAUUCCACCUAGAGCAGUGGUUCUCAACCUGUGGAUCCCCAGGUGUUUUGGCCCACAACUCCCAGAAAUCCCAGCCAGUUUACUAACUGUUAGGAUUUCCAGGAGUUGAAGGCCAAAACAUCUGGGGACCUAUAGGUUGACAACCACUGACCUAGAGCAAAGUUUAUCAAACUGUGCUCCUCCAGGUGUUUUGAACUUCAGCUCCCACAAUUCCUAACAACUGGUAAACUGGCUGGAAUUCUGGUCCAAAACAUCUGGAGGAGCACAGUUUGAGAAACACUAACCUAGAGAAUUCUGGAAGUUGCAAUCCAAAAAAAAGGUAAGUUUUCUAAGCUCUGCCCAGUGCUGUCUGCCUUGGCUGACACUAAACACUGUCCAAAAGUUGAGUUGAUUUUCCCAGCUCUUCUUCCAUUUUAACAGGAGAUUCCAUGGAUUGUACCCAGGACUUUCUAUGUACAAAAACAUGCACUCUAUGACUGAGCCGUGGAUGAGUAAAGCCCCGCUCUCUGGCUAAUCUGUACAGGCUAAGUGCAGCUUAUGCAUUGUCUUUGCAAAAUAUGAGGAAUCAGGUGAAUUCCUAAAUCAAGAGAAAUAUACUCUUGAGCUAUUUUUUCCCAAGCAUCUCUUUUCAUCCAUGGAUUUAUGCUACAUGUGCUCUGGCUUCGGAUAGCUGAUGCCAAAGCCUUAGCCGCCAUGCAUAUUCUUUCUGCUGUGGCUUUGUGGAAAGAUCUGAUCUUUCUGAAGGGCACCUUGAAGACAGGCAGAUCCAAAUUCAGCCCCUUCAGGUGGGCUUUUAAUGUGCCGCUAACUUGGUGAGCUUCAGAGCAGCAAAGUAUCCUAGAUCAAAAAAAAAGUGGUGUCAUCUUGCAUUACCUGGCAGUGAAUGCUUGUAUUCCUUAGGAAACUAAACAAUUAACUGCUGUUAUUUAUUAUGUGUUCAUUGUUGACAAUGUAUUCAAGCACUGUUCAAUGCACAUAGACAAAUCAUCAUCCACCACAGAGGUACAGUGCUAGCAAACCAUUAGAGGACGUUUCCAUUGUAACUCAUGUUGUUAGUAUACCUUUUGCACCCAGUCUUCCUCUUUCCUUUUCCCACAGAACAGUUUUUCAUUCACCAAUUUUUUUCCUUUUCCCUGCCCAAUCUACGGUGCUUAUGGAAGGAGCAACCCCUCAAGAAAGAGCUCAGGACAAGGAAAGCUGCCCUCUCUUACAGCCCUUUCAGGAAUUAUGGAAAGGGCCAUUAAAUUUGGCCUGGGGAGGACCAUGUUGUUGUUUAUUUGUUCAGUCACUUCUGAUUCUUAUGACCUCAUGGACCAGCCCACACCAGAGCUCCCUGUUGACUGUCACCACCCACUCCUCCUUCAAAGAAAGCCAGUCACUUCAGACCAUAGUCAUGUGGAAAUGUUGUGGAGAGGGCCACAGCUAUAUGGCAGGAAAUCCCAAAAGUGGGACAAGUGGGGCUAAAGUAGGCUUAAGAAGAACAUAUCUAUGGGAGGGCAAAAUGAAGAGACUGACAUCAAGUCAAAAUGCACUCUCUCUUGAAGGUGGAAUUUUCUUUCCACCUUCAAAGUUCUUGUAGAGCAGUGGUUCUCAACCUGUGAGUCCCCAGAUGUUUUUGGCCUUCAACUCCCAGUAAUCCUAACAGCUGGAUUUCUGGGAGUUGUAGGCCAAAGCAUCUGGGGACCCACAGUUUGAGAACCACUGUUGUAGAAGAGACAUUGAAGAUCACUCACACAUAGAAUGCUUAGAUUUGCUUUGUUCUCAUUCCUUUGUUAGCUUUGCUUGCCAUUUUUCUUUGGAUGCCUAAACUGUAUUUUUAAAUCCUCAACUGAUGUUUUAAGUUACAGUCAAGCUGGAAAUCUGGAGACUGAAGGAAAAUGUCAUUGGGAGGCAGAAUUCUUAUUGGUAGGCCCCAUUUUGCCUCCAUUCAAUUGCUCCAUCCCACCAUGCACAUGCGCACCAACAACCAUCUCUAGGUAGAGCACUUGGCGGCAUUCUUCCAUAAUUGCUAUAUGAAUUCCAGAUGAAAAACAGAAGGCCCUGUCUCUAAGUCAUUUUGGAGUACACAUCCCAUAACUCCCCAGCCAGCAUAGUCAAUGGCCAUGCAUACUGAUCCUAGUGGCUGGGAGAUUCUGGGAAUCUUAGCCUCCACAAAGUAGCUUUUCCAAAAUCUGGUCAGUAUCCUAGACUAUCUUUGAGCCUCAUUCAUUAAGCUGUGCUAGGUGACUUAUAACUAUUUCAUCAAACUAGAGAAUGAAUCCACUUUAAAUCCGGUUUCUGCCUCCUGCAGAAUUCUGGGGUUUGUAGUUUCAUGAGGCUGUUAAAGGCUCCUCCCUAAACAACAAACCCCAGAACUCUCCAGGAGGCAGAAACCAGAUUUAAAGUGGAUUCAUUCUCUAGUGUGAUGAAGUCCUUAACUGUUCUGCUCUUAUCGUAAUCCAUCCCAGGAACUCCUCAGCCGUGGCCAUUAAAUGAAUGAAGACAAUGAUAAAAGUAAAAUGGCACUAUGAGUAAUGUUUAAGGAAAUGCAAAAGCUAUUUUCAACUUUGAAAGUAACAGAAAAUAAGGGAUCCGGAUGGUCCUUUUAGGCCAGAACACCAGCUGCUGCAUAGAAGAAUAAUUUUGACAGUGUAUAAAACUUCAAAAGAGUGAUACGUAAUUGCUACAAUGGGAAAUCUAAUCCUACCAAUGCUACAUAAUGGCUGAAAAGAUGAUGCAUCCAGGGAAGGUGACUCACCAGGGAAAACAUUUUCUUGUUCUUAUACUUAUAUAUUUCUUACUGGAUCCAUUUAUACAAUCCGGCUUCAUUAAAUCAGUGGUGAUUGUGCCGAUAUCGUGGGCAAGAGCUGGAAUAUGGCCAUUCGUUUCCUUGCCAGUAAUUUAUUAUGGCUAUGGGGCAGGCAUGGGCAAACUUUGACCCUCCAGGUGUUUUGGACUUCAACUCCCACCAUUCCUAACAACCUCAGACCCUUUCCUUUUCCCCCUCAGCCACUUAAGCGGCUGAGGGGGAAAAGGAAGGGACCUGAGGCUGUUAGGAAUGGUGGGAGUUGAAGUCCAAAACAUCUGGAGGGCCAAAGUUUGCUCAUGUCUGCUCUAGGGGCAUCAAGCCUUGCUCAAGAACUUCUCCAUUCAUUUCACUGGAAAAGACAGGUGUCCCUGAACAUCAGUUCGUGUAUGUUGAGUUGUAUCUAUUGAGAUGACCAAGGAACUCAGUGGACACAAGAUGUUUCCUCAUCCCAGGAAACAUCCAACCGCUAGGCCAGAUUCUUAGCAGCUCCUAUAGGUUCAUGGGUGAAAUCUUCAUGAGAUUCACAUAGCUGAAAAGCAUGACGAUUAGAGUAGAUCCUUGCUAAUUUUGAACAACCUUUGGAAAGCUUGAAUUGUGCAUUUUUUUUUCUUUCGAACAUGAAAUGAAUCAUUUUUUUCCCCCUGUAAAUCAGUUUUCACAUUUGAGAGCUUUUCCUCCCGGUUUGGUUUCGUUUGAUUUCGUUCCUUUCGGGGAGGGAGAAGAAGAUUAACCAAUGAUUUGGGUUGUUCAGGGAUAUCGUUAUUAUUAAUAAUAUUAUUAUGAUUGUGUUUUUGUGUAAAAAUUAUUUCAUUUCAUCUGUUUUGUUUUCCUUCAUUUUUAUUUGCGUGUAUUGUGCACAGUAACAGAGGCAAUGAGUGCACUACUUGUGAUCAAUGGUACACUGAGGCACAAAAAAUAAAAAAAUAAGAAUAA